AUGGUCAAUUACCAGAAAUAUUGGGUUAAUUUUGAUAGGUGUACUCCUGAGUUUAGGAAGUGCCUCGAUGAAUUAUUUUUGGAUAUUUCCUUCUCUCAACCCGGUGUGAAAAAUCAAAUACGUUGUCCUUGUCCCAAAUGCAACAAUUUUAUGUUCAAAUUUAGAAAUGAAGUUCAUCAUCAUGUGCGCCAAUGGGGGAUAGUGACCUCUUAUAAAACAUGGGUGCAUCAUGGUGAGAUACUUCAAGAUACAUCCACUAUAGAUGUGUCUGAUCUAAAUGAAAUUGAUUGUGAAAGGGAGAAUGAUUCUGCUACUUAUGAGAUGUUGUAUAACAUCUUUAGAGGAGAAACACUAGGGGAGACGCCGAGAGAUUUCGCUACCAACGUAGAUGAAAAUAUAGAAGAAGAACCUCAUCAGGGGGCAAAGAAGUUCCAGAGGCUAAUGAGGGAUUAUGAGCAAAGCCUGUAUUCGGACAGUGGGAUAUCAAGGUUAUCUUUCAUUGUCAAGUUGUUUCAAAUGAAAUGUCGCUAUGGAUGGAGCAACAAUUCAGUUGAUGCUUUGUUGCUCUUUCUAAAAAGUAUAUUUCCAAAGGAAAAUUCUUGUCCAACUUCAUUUUAUGAUACUCGAAAAGUGAUUCGAGAUUUGGGAUUAGAUUACGAGAAGAUAGAUGCUUGUGUGAAUGAUUGCAUUUUGUUUCGAGGGCAAGCAUACCCUGGUCUUGAUGAAUGUCCAAAGUGUAAGCAAUCUAGAUGGGUGAAGGGGAAGGGGAAUGAAAAGGAUAACCUACGGAAGAAGGUACCCCAGAAGAUACUAAGAUACUUUCCGUUAAAACCUAGGUUUCAAAGGAUCUUCAUGUGUGAAGAAACAGCGCUAGCAAUAAGGUGGCACAAAGAGAAAUGA